AUGUGGAUUUACAAUAGCAAAGGUGAGAUAGAGCUUCAAAAGGGUCAGUUAUUCACCAACGUGGAUGCCUUCAGAGCUGCAUUGAAAGACUAUGUCAUUCAAAAAGGCUUUCCUAUUUUGAGAUUAAAGAACGAGAAGAGUCGAGUCACUGCUGUCUGUGGUGUUGAGGGAUGUCAAUGGAGAAUUCAUGCUUCAGCAGUGGCUGAUUCAGUCACUUUUCAUAUUAAAAGCUAUCAACCAAAACACACUUGUGUUAUGGACAAACAAUGUGCUGAGGCCACAUCUGACUGGAUGGCCAAGAAGUUGGUUUUUGUCAUGAGGGAUCAUCUUAAUAUGACCAGUAAAGGGGUAGAGACAGAGGCAGAGUUGCUUAAGUAUGCACAAAAGUUAGGAUUUCUGGAAGGGUGCAGACCUUUUGUGGGGUUUGAUGGCUGUUUCUUGAAGGGUCCAUUUGAUGGUGUAUUGCUCACAGCAGUUGCUUUGGAUGCAAAUAACAACAUAUUUCCUUUAGCCUUUGCUGUAGCUGAAUGUGAGAGCAAGGAUACUUGGAGGUGGUUCUUCUACUAUUUUUCUGAGUUUUUUGGACCAUUUGAUCACAGCAAACCUUUAACAUUCAUGAGUGAUAGGCAAAAGUUACAGGGAUUGAAUCUUGCAUAUGAGGAGAUGAUUCCUGAGGCAAUUGGAAGAAUUGUUGAGAAACUGAAAGAAAUUAGCCAAGCAUUAAGAAAAUGUCACAUGCAUAUGGCUAGUGAGGAUACAUUUGAGGUUGGUGAUAUGGACAGGACCUACAUAGUCAACUUGAGGCAAAGAAUUUGGGACUAUGGUGCUUUUCAAAUUUCUGGAAUUCCAUGCAAGCAUGCAACAUUAGGAGUUAUAUAUAGGAGAGAAAAACUAGAGAAGUACUAUGGAGUUUGGUUCACCAAAGACAUGUAUUUAAAAACAUACUCGCACAUGAUUCAUCCCAUUCCUCAUAUGAAGAGAUGGCCUCCUAUGCCUGAAGUGCUACCAACAACUGUCUUGCCACCACCUCUGAGAAGAGCUCCUGGUAGACCAAGAGUAAAUAGAAGAAGGGAAGCUGAUGAAACUGCUUGCACAGCACAGGCAAAGAGGUCAAACACUCUUAAGUGUGGAAAUUGUGGAGCUUUUGGUCACAAUAAGAGGACUUGCAAAGGAGCACCUGUGCAAAAAAGCUCUAGCAACACUACUCCUACUGAACAGGAUCAUGCAACUAGAAAUGUACCUAUUGUGCACUCCAGUCAAGGGAGCAAUCCAAGCCCCCCAAGUCAAAAUGGUGCAGCACAUAUUCAAGUGAAUGUGCAAACUACUGCAACUACUCAUGCUAAUAAAAAGAGAGGAAGGCGUUUUGGACACAAUCCUGCAACUUCUGUAACAGAAGUUGGUGGUAGAGCAAAAAACUUCAACUCUGCUCUAACUAAUCUAGUUGUUCUAGUUCCACCUACCAUUACAUCUCAAAAUGCUUCAUCUUGGCAAAACCUAUUUGUAAUGGAGAAAGAUAUGGGUGAAUUCCAUGAUUCUCCCCUACGGCUUGAAGAGGCCAUGGUUGCAGCUAAAACUUUUAACUCAGAGCUCUAA